UGGGCUCAAUCUCAAAUAUCCAUAGGCGAGCGCCACCUCAGUGAGUUAAAACAGUGAGGCAAAAUAUUCCCGAGCCCCACUUCUUGUCGGAACGUCUGCCAGUGAAGACCGGGAGGGAACCAACUAACACCACACAAAAUGAGCGACCUCAGCAAAAACGACAUCGAAAGGGCAUCUUUCGCCUUCUCCAUCUACGAUUUUGACGGAAGCGGCAAAAUCGACGCCUUCAACCUUGGAGAUGUGCUGAGGGCACUCAACUCCAACCCCACAUUGGCAACCAUCGAGAAACUCGGUGGCACAAAGAAGAAGGGCGAGAAGCAACUCUCGGUUGAGGAGUUCCUUCCCAUCUACGCGCAGUGCAAGAAAGACAAGGACCAAGGCUGCUACGAAGAUUUCUUAGAAUGUUUGAAACUGUACGACAAGAGUGAAAAUGGUCUGAUGCUUGGUGCUGAGCUCACACACACACUUCUUGCCCUAGGUGAAAAACUUUCCGACGAGGAAGCAGCAGAAAUCACAAAGGACUGCAUGGAUGCCGAAGAUGAGGAUGGCAUGAUCCCUUAUGCAUCAUUCCUGAAAAAGGUGAUGGCGUAAGGACCGUACUUGUCGUCUCUUUAGUUAUAAGAUCCUUUCCUUAAAAAAGUGGUUGCUGGUUGGAAGCCUGAAGGUGCGGCAGAAGCGGCGCCUGCGCAGGGUUAAGCUCAUCUAUGACGACCAACCCGAGACAACAAUUACCGUACUCAACACCAUUACAUACGGACAAUCCUUUUUUAUACGUCAAAAUAUUCUGUAAAAGAUCCAUCAAUGUACAUAAUUAACAUUAAAUAUCAAGAACUGUUAAACAUUGUACGUCUUAUAAUUUAUUAUUUAUUAAGUUUAUAAUUACAAAAUAAAAAAAACAUAAAAAACCAAA